AUGAAGAGUAUGGAAGCCGAUCCCCAGAGCGCAACGAGCAUCACCAGCCUGAAAGCGAUAGCAACCAAAGAGAAAAUACACGCCGCCGUAUCCAUGGGCGGGGAAUCCCUAUUGACAUUGAUGGCAGGCCUAAUUUUAGGUGCUUGUCGCCAGAGAGAACGACGGCAUAUCGGAGAAUCGAUACAGAAACAUUCAGGUCAAGAUCAUCAGAAAGAUCUCGUCUUCGGCCUCGGAUUAUCCAAGAUGGGAACCGCGAACUCUCCGAAGCAAGUGAUCGCAUCUACGCCGCAGCUCGGCGAAGAAGGGAUCCAGUAA